GAAGAGGUCCUGGCUCAACUCAAUCUCUCCUCCUCGCAUGACGAUGUCAAGUACACCUUCGAGAAUAGCGCGUUCCGUGGCUUCGUAGCUUCCAUGAAGAGCCAUUGUCUGGACCUACUCGACCAGAACCCCGAUGUCUCCAUGGUCGAACAGUCCGUGCAUAUCAGCUCCCUCAGUAGUCGUGCAAAGUCGCCAUGGGGUCUCCAGCGUGUAUCCUCCGCCACUACUCCUAGCGGCAACCCCCAGGACUCUACCUUCACCUACAACUUCAACGGAGCGGACUCCACUCAGGGCAAGGGCGUCGACAUCUACAUUGUCGACUCGGGCGUCAAUGUCGACCACCAAGCCUUUGGAGGUCGUGCAAAGGUCGGUUUCACCUUCGACGGCGACAAUACAGAUGGCGAUGGGCACGGCACUCACGUUGCUGGAACGGCAGCGGCUGACUACUUUGGUGUGGCCUCUGGUGCGAAUAUCUGGGCGGUGAAAGUGCUUGGUGCCGACGGGGCUGGAAGCUCGUCUGCCACUCUCGCGGGCAUGAACUGGGUCAUAAAUCAUAAUGAGGCCCGCAAGAAAGAGGAGGGUUAUGUAGGUGCAGUUAUGAGCAUGUCGUGGGGUCUUGGGUCCAUCUCGACAGCGGUCGACACAGCUAUCAAAACGGCCGUAGGGAACGGGAUCCACGCGUCCGUAGCGGCAGGAAACAAUGCUGUGGACUCUUGCUCUGCCUCUCCAUCCUCAUCUGGUGGCGCCAAAGGUCCUGCAAUCACCGUCGGCAGCAUGGACAUCUCGAACAAGAUCUCCAAAUUCUCAAACUCGGGCGCUUGUAAUGACGUCUACGCGCCUGGCGAGAACAUUCUGUCCACAUGGAAUACUGCGAACAACAUGAUCAACUUCCUCUCUGGCACCAGCAUGGCGUGUCCUCACGUCACCGGUGUCAUCGCUUACCUCAUGGGUGAGCACAAAGAC